AUGGUCCUCUACCUGGCAUGGCCAGGUGGGACUCAUGGAGCGCCGCAGGAAACAAAUGCAAACCAACUAAGAGGGCCACUGUCUCUGCUUUCUGGCGACGGCUCCAUUUCAGCCGACUUUGGACUGCCGGGUGAGCAUCUGGCAAUGGUCAAGAGACAAGAACUUUUGCUCUGUGAUUUCGACUUUGAAGAUCAUGAGCCUGUGGAGGGGCUAGAUGGCGAGAGGCCCAUCACCACAGAUGAAGAGGUUUUAGUGACGCCCGAGAGAAUCAAUGUAGCUGAACAAGCCGAGAGGGUAUCUGUGAAGGAAUUCGAAGAGGCUGCGACGCAACGUCUACUCAAAAUACCAAAUUCUUGGGUGAAGAAUGGCAUCGAUUCGUUUACUAAAGCGAGAGAGAAGCUUGGAUACAAGCCACUCGAGGCUACUUCCCGCGAACUUACAUCUGACCUUGGCGGAAAGGGCAUCAGUGGUCUUAAGGCAGUCAAGGCAGCAGGAGGAGCAGCGGCGGCCGUCGCAUGGGUCGGAGGCAUCGUGUCCUCGUUUGUGAGGAACACGACUGCUUUGGACAAGGCCGCUGCCUUCCUGGUCGUCAUACCCUUUGUAGGCUGCGCCGUGAAUACCGCGGCCGAGUUGGAGAAGGGCGAUGACAAGAAUUUCGAUCUCGUCGUGCUAGAUAGCGUCCUGUGCGGCGUCGCCGAUGCUCUGCUGUUCGGCCCUUUGCUUCCGUUUGGGUUGGCAAUACACUUUGUCCGGGCCGUCAUGAGCUUCUUUCGUCGUCCUCCUAAUGCACCAACUCUCGAGCAGCUCCGACAACGACGCGAUGACUCCUGGGAUCAACAACUCGAGUAUAUUUACCAAAACAUUUACUCGCACCCGUAUCUUGAUCCAACACAGAAUUUUGCUACUAAAAUGGAGAGCGCCUUUGCCAUUGACACUUUGAGCGUUCUUUCGGAAUCCGCCAAGAUAAUUGGCGUGCUGAAUGCGACCAGCUCAGCAGACGUCGUUCCCAGCUCGGCAGACCUCGUUCCCAGUUCGGACCCCGACUUGGAACUGGACGAAGUUCAAGUCAGGACCGAACAGGCCAUCUAUAAAAUCAAACAGGAUAGGUGGGAUGUGGUUGCUCGUCGCCAACGCGAGUAUCUCUUUGGCAUUCUGGACCAAUUCACUCGCGGUACAGCCUUCCAGUUGACAGAGUUGGCCAAGGCGGUCAAUGAGAAAUUCAUUAAGCAUAUUAAUGAAGAGGAAUUUAUUGAGAAUUAUCGCGAUCAAAGUCGAUUUGAGGAAUGGAUUGACUCUGUUACCACGGAAACUCUUAGGCCUAUAGACCGUUUUUCUAUAGCUCGCGCUCAGAUGAAGGAGGCUGGCACACAACUUGCCAAGACCCCCCCGGCUCUACCGCGGGCGUUGAAUGUUGCCUUUAUCAUCGGGCAGUCCAAGGGUAUCGACUAUGCUCAGUCAGAUACGGUGUCUUUAUUUAAUUAUUUUGAGGUAGAGAUGGCUGAGGCGUCAACUGCAGCUAUACCAGGACUUUACCGAUUUUAUACCAUGGUUCGACACACACACCAGACUGUAUUAUUUCUCCAAGGCUCCCUUAAAGAAGAGGACUUUGAUAAUUCAAUCUGGCCUGUUGAGGACCUUGAUACCCUGAACAAGUUCCGGCUUCUUGCGGCCAUGAAGCUAGGCAAGUUAUACGAAGAGGCCAAAAUAGAGUAUCUGGAUGAAGAGUAUCGCACGAAUAAGUAUAUUCUCAGCCCCACAGCGCCUCCAAUCAUUGUUAACCCAUCUAUUCCUCCUUUACCUGAGUAUCCCGACAAUGCUUAUCUCAUAAGCCUCGCUAUUGGGCUGGUUGACGCUGUCAGCAGCGAUGACUUCAACGACGAAGUCUUGGACUAUUUAAAGACGCGAACAUCGGAAAUCCGGCUCAAGAACUGGAAAGCAUUACAAGAGAGGAUCCGGGCCAUAAAGACAAAGUUGGAUGAGCUGGCCGCAGAGGAAUACAGAGGGGCCCCUGUAUCAUCAGCCGAAUUCAUGACCAGGCACCUGCAGACCUGUGUCGACCUGGGUUCAGACGAAGGAGGCUGCAAAUAUAUUGUGGGGGGUUGUUAUUACGCCCAAAACACGACGGAUCAAUUCGCCUCGGAAUGCAUACAUGAAGCGUUCCAGCCAAUUGGCCAGGCCCAGAAGACAGUCCAGAGGCAAUACCGGGAGGCAUGCGACAUGUUCCCUAGCCGUCAGGCGUGUAUGACAGCUCUUAGGAAAUGCGCGAAAGAGAACCCCAAAACCCGAGUCAAGGUCCUCUUUACGUGCACAGCCAAGGCCGCCCCCAAGCCAGACGAUUCGGAUACAGCUGCCGCGCCGCAGAGUACUGGCUAA